AGUGAGACUUCCUCUUCCACAGGACAUCACUGUCUCUGAUGUCCAUCCAAAAUAAAUGCCCAUAAGUACACUUAGAAAUCAUAAAGACAGACGCUGCAGAACCUGCCUGACAGUGCCUGAGUUUAGGUUCACAGAGAACAUGACGUCAUUGCAGACACGAGCUGCUCGCACGUCAUUCGGCUCAUUGUCCGUGGACACACUUUGAACACAUGGAGACUAAACGACGGGUAAAGACUUCAUGUCCCCUGCAUGAGACUGAUCAGUGUGGAGGGGCUUUAGGACCAUGAGGAGGAAAUCUGCAGCCACACACACACACACACACACACACACACACCUCCUCUGUAUUCAGUACACAUGCCUCCUCCUCCUUCUCUUCAUCUCUUCUCUGCAGGAGAACCAUCCUCCGGUCAGACGGACACCUGCCUGCCCGCCUGUCUCUCCUCUCUCUUGGCUCCUUCUCUCUCGGAGCACCGGACCAUCACAGCGGGACUCCAGGCUCCUGUACGCCGCUAAGAGCGCUCGGAGGGCGGCAGGAGGACAGAGGAGGGGUCGGUGUGAAGCCUGGAUGCAGGGUCUCAUGUCUCACCUUGGGAGGAGAGUUCAGCUGCGAUGCCUGACCUCUGACCUCUGACCCCUCUGAGAGACACCUCUGAGGAGGAGGAGGAGGAGGAGGAGGAGGAGAAGCAACCAGCAAAGGCUCCCAGCAGGGAUGGAGGGAGAAGAGGAGGACGGUCGAGCAGAAGAGACUGAGACCUCCUCCAAACUGGGGAGAGCUUCACCAAGAGGAGGAGGACGAGGAGGAGGAGGAGAAGAAGCUGGAGGUGGAGGAGAAGGAGGAGCUGGAGAUGGAGGAGAAGGUGGAGCUGGAGGUCAUGGAGGAGGAGGUGGAGGAGGAGGAGCUGGAGGUGGAGGAGGAGGAGAAGGUGGAGCUGGAGGUGGAGGAGGAGAAGACACCUGCAGACAAAAUGGCCUCAUCAACACCCACAGACUGGGGGCGGAGCCUCGGGAGGCGCUGCUGUUGGUGUACUCAGCUCCUCAGUAUCAGGGUCAUGUGGUGGUGAACACUCCGCAGGAGAGGAGCAGCGCAGGAGGGAGAGGGGGAGGAGGAGGUGGGGCUCCUCCUCAGCUCCUCAACCCCAGCGCUCUCCUCCCCCACCAGACGCUGUCGGACCCCCGCCUCAGGCCCGCCCCCGGCCUCCUCCUGUGUCCAGAGAGCGUUCUGCGGGCGUGGGGGGAGGCGGGAGGAGGAGACUGCUGCGAGACCACCUUCAUCGAGGGGCUCGGCCCCGACGCCUCCUCCUCAGCUGCUGCUGCCUGCUCCUCCAUGAAGGAGGCGCUGCUGUUCGCUGACAGGAAGUUUCUGGACUUCUCUGGAGAGGACGCAAAGAUUCACACGCUGUCGUACGACAUCGACGAUGAUGAUGAGUUCCAGGAGCUCGAGAGUGAUUACUCCAGCGAAUCAGAGAGUGAGGAUGCCUUCCUGUUGAUGCCUCCCAGAGAUCACCUGGGCCUCAGUGUCUUCUCCAUGCUCUGCUGCUUCUGGCCGCUCGGCAUCGCCGCCUUCUACCUGUCACACGAGACCAACAAGGCGGUGUCUAAAGGAGACUUCCACCUGGCGAGUUCCAGUUCGAGGCGGGCUCUCUUCCUGGCCGUGCUGUCCAUCACCAUCGGGACAGGUAUCUACGUGGGCGUGGCUGUGGCGCUCAUCGCCUACCUCUCCAAGAACCACCACUGGUAAACCUUGCUGUCAGGGAGGAAAAAUUACCCAUCAGGCACCAGGAAUGUGUUUGGGGUCUUCACCUGGAGUCUCAGGUGAGUGUUUCCACGGCAGGUCGGCCCGUGGCAACGAGCUGGAGGACAACUUCCUGUUUGCAGAUGCAGAGACACUUGUGUUUCUACACGGUGACGUCUGGAUGAAGCUCAACGGGUCGACUGUUUGUCAGGUGUUUUUCAGGACUGGAACCUGAAACCUUUAAACCAAUUAGACGGCAGGAUCUUUGACCAGACAAGACGCCACAAACACAGUUUGUUUGUCAAUCUUGGAUCCAGCUUGAGUCGACGGACAUUUCCUGUGACUUUUUUCUUUUCAUUCAGAUUUUGAUGUGAUUUUAACUUUAAACAGAUAAAAAUAUUUCACAGCUUCAUGUUUUUAUUUAUUUUUCUCUGAAUGUGACAAAAACUGCAAAAAUACACACUGAAAUCAUCUCCGCUGUCCGCAGACUUAUUUCAGCACGCUCUGAAGUGAGUUACUCUCAGAAUUACUAGUUACCUUCAUUUGAAAGUAAUAAGUUACUUUACAGAAUCACUCUCUGUGUAGAGUAAUCAGUUACUUAUUAAACAAAUGUUGAGGAUACAACAAACAGAAUGGCGUGCAAGUCAGGCACUAUGACGAGCACAGAUUAAAACGCCAGAGCUGAAAGACCCACCUGCUGGUUCCCUGCGUGCCGGUCAGCUAAAGCAGCACCGCAGAGAGAGUUAUAAGAGAGUUUAAUUAAUAAAAUAAGAUAAAUAAAUAAAAAUAAAAAUAUAUAAAGUCCAGUUCAGACCAAAGAUUGGCGUCAAGAUGAAACCGUUUUAGAAUGUUGCAGAGAAAAGUAGCAGCAGUGUGAGCUCGACUCAACAACCACCAACUUUCACCCAGGAGGCCGGUGUUCACUUCCUGUAAGACUGUAACGCCAAACCCUGUUCUCUUUUCCUAAACCCAAUCGCAUGUGUGUGUGUGUGUGUGUGUAUGCUCAACGUUAAAUACGGAUCCGGAUACAGACGGAGCCUUCUGUCCGUGCUCUGUGUUCAUUUCGUCCGUAUUUUUGCACGUUUCCAUAAAGCUUACGGAUACGGACCAAACGGAGCAGUACCACUGGGAACCGUGGGGGCAGUGUUGCUGUCACUACCCGAUACGUAGCUCUAGUGAGACACGAAGAAGAAAUAACAAUUCAGUUUCUCUCAUCGGCAGCACUAGAGAAAAGAAUUCUCCGUCCUCCAGUCACGAUUUUUUUUUUUUUUUUUUUUAAAGAUAUUUUUUUGGGCAUUUUUAAGCCUUUAAUCGAUAGGACAGAUGAGCGUGAAGGGGGGAAAGAGAGGGAGUGACAUGCAGCAAAGGGC